ACCAUCUUUAUCCAACACCGAGACUCAGAGUUUUUCUUCUCUCUCAGACGAUUAAUCCACCAAAAUGUCGAACGAAAUCACUGUUUACAUCACGUCCUAUACAUCUACGUAUCAGUUGAUGAAACAGAUACAGAAAGUGAUGAUGGUUCUGGACAGUCGUCGAAAGAUGCUCGACUACGACAUCAAGUACGUUGACAUCGCUAUGUUUCCUGCCGGGAGAGAGAAGAUGAGAGAGAUGUGCGGCGACCCUAAGGCCUUACCACCACGCAUUGCCAACGGAGAUGAAUACUGCGGGGGCUUUGAAGCUUUUGAAGCAGCCGUGGAGUUGGAAUAUCUCAAAAAAUUCUUGAAGCUUCCAGGAUGGGCUGAGGAUGAAAAGAAGAAGGAAGAAAAAGAAAAGGAGGAAGAAAAGAAAGAUAAAGAAAAGGAAGAAGAUGAGGAAGAGGAAGGAGAGAAGAUAGAAGAGGAGGGAGAAGAAGAAGAAUCCAAACAGGAAAAGGAAGACAAAGAAAAGGAUGAAAAGGAGGAAACGGGAGAUAAAGAAAAAGAAGAAGGUAAAGAAGAAGAGAAAAAAGACAAAGGAAAGCCUAAAUUAAAAGCUAAAGUUGACUCAGAUAAAAAGGACAAAGCACCGGAUAAGGAGAAGGACAAGGAGAAAGAUAAGGAGAAAGACAAAGAUUCAAAGAAAGAAGAAAAAGAAAAAGAGAAGAAAGAUAAAGAGGAAGAAAAGAAAGAUGAGAAAAAAGAAGAAGUCAAGCUUAUCAAGAAACCAAAACUUAAAACAAAGGUAGAUGUUGAUAAAGAGGAUGACAAAAAAGAAGAUAAAUCAAAGAAGGAAAAGGACACGAAGGAGAAAAAAGAGGAAAAGAAGGAUGACAAGAAGAAAGAAGGUAUGGAAGAAGAUAAAUCUAAGAAAGAAAAGGACAAGGAGGAGAAAGAAGAGAAAAAGAAGGAAGACAAGAAGAAGGAAGAUAAAGAAGAAGAAAAGGAAACCAAAGAAGAAAAGGUCAUCAAGAAGCCUAAAUUAAAAGCAAAAGUUGAUACUGACAAAGACAAAAAAGCUGAAAAGGAAACAAAAGACAAAAAGGAAGAGUCAAAGAAGAAGGAUGAAAAAGAAGAAAAGGGUGACAAGAAAGACGAAGGAGAUGAGGAAAAAGACAAAACGAAAGAAGAAAAGAAAGAAGUGAAAAGACCAAAACUGAAAACAAAAAUUGAUGUUGAUGAGGAGGAAAGAAAGGAAGAAAAGAAAGAGGAUGAAAAGAAGGAGAAAGAUAAAAAAGAGGAAGAAAAGAAAGAAGAGACAGUCGUCAAGAGACCAAAACCAAAAGCAAAGGUUGACGUCGAUGAAAAAGAUGAUAAAGAGGGAAAAGAUAAGAAAGAAGAAGAAAAAGAAGAAAAGGCCAAUGUGAUAAAAAGACCGAGACCGAAGGCAAAAGUAGAUGUUGAAGAAGAGACUGAAAAGAAGGAUGAAAAUAAAAAGGAGGAAGACAAGAAAGAGGAAAAGAAGGAGGAGACAACUGUAAGAAGGCCAAGGUUAAAACCAAAGGUCGAUGAUGAAAAGUCGGAAGAUAAAGUGGAAAAGAAAGAAAAAGAGGACGAGAAAAAAAAGGAGAAAGAAGAAACUGUAGUGAGGAGACCUAGACCUAAAGCCAAAGUCGAUGUUGAUACUGAAGAUAAAAAAGAAGACGAGAAGAAGGAUGACAAGAAGGAAGAAACAGUUGUGAAAAGACCAAGGCCAAAAGCCAAAGUGGACGUUGAAACAGACGAAAAGAAAGAAGAGAAGAAAGAGGAAGAGAAGAAGGAUGAGAAAGAAGAAGAAAAGAAAGAGGAAACGGUAGUGAAAAGACCGAGACCGAAAGCGAAGGUCAACGUCGAAACGGACGACGAUAAGAAAGAGGAAGAGAAGAAAGAGGAGACCGUUGUCCGUAGACCACGACCAAAAGUGAAUGUUGAUGUCGACGAUGAGGAAAAGAAGGAAGAGAAGAAAGAAGAGAAAGUUAUUCGAAGACCCAGGCUAAAAGCUAAAGUUGAUGUAGACUAGUUUAUUUAAUCAUGUUCAUGUUGCCUCACUGAUAUUACGGAAAACAUUGAACCAAACUUUGUAAAUUAGUAAUUUAUAGUAAAAUAUUAUACCGAAUGUAUUUUCCUUCGUUUAACACACUAUGAGAACGGAAAGUAUCAAGGAGCACAGACGAUGGGGAGCCGAGGAGG